GGAGCGGGAGCGGAGCUCGGCCGGGCCGGGCCCGCUGGAGAAGCCCCGCCCGGGGGGGCCAUGGCCGAGCGGGCCGCUGCCCAGGUUCCGCAAUGGGAUGUCACAGCAGAGCAACCGGUGCCUUUAACGCCCCUGGCUGCCUCUGAUCAUACUUCUGAGGCAGAAAUGCAGCUGCCACUGGAACAAACUGCCAUGUGGCCAGAGGUAGCGGUGGAGACGACCAUGGAGUCACAUGCCACGCGACUGUUGACGCUAGAGGGAAGAAUGGGGAUGGCAGAGAACAAACUAGUCGGCUGUGAGAGGACAGUGGUGGAGUUUGGGAACCAGCUGGAGAGUAAAUGGGCCGUGCUGGGAACUCUGAUCCAGGAGUACGGGCUGCUGCAGAGGAGGCUGGAGAACAUGGAGAACCUGCUGAAGAAAAAAGAUGUCUGGAUUCUAAAACUUCCCCCAGGCGCCCAGGGAGAAGUCCCCAAGGUCCCUGUGAAGUUCGAUGAGGUCUCAGACUGUUUCUCCGGGCAGGAGUGGGGGGUUUUAGAACAACGGCGGGAGGAGCUUCACAAGAACACAAUGAGGAACAACUAUGAGACGUUGAUCUCGCUGGACAAUGCUGCUUCCAUGCCUAAUGCUCAGUCCCCAGUAGAACCCGGGGUAGAGUCUCGAGUCCAGGAACAGCAGGAAUCUCAAAAAAGAGAAUCUGCGCUGGAUCCCAGCACAGGAUCUCCCACUUCUACUCCCAGUGACAGUUCAUGGAUUAAACAAGAGGAAACACCAUGUGCUGAGAGUCAGGGGAGCUUGGUGGAGAGAGAAAUCCCUACGGAGCCCAUCAAGGCAGAUGAGUGGUGUCUUGAGGACAGUGCUGCCAUCCCGGAACUUCCCGGGGGGGUGCAGGGAAGCUCGGAGGAGGAUUUCCAGAGACCUGCUGAGAGAUGGAGCCACGGAAGUCAGUGCAGCUCACUGACACAGCAGGGAAACCCUGCAGGAAGCAGCCUGGGCCAGCCCACUCCAUGUGGAGGAGACUUCAGCGGCCUUGCACCAGCCACUGAGCAGGAGGAAAGUCCCCCAGGAGAGGGGCCGUAUAUAUGCAAUGAAUGUGGGGAAAGCUUUGUCUGUAAGCAGUUGUUUGCAGUGCACCAGGAAGUCCACACAGCAGGGGGAGUCUGCAUUUCUCCAGCAUGUGGAGAAGGCCUCAGUCAGAAAUCCAGUCUCCUACAUCCCCAGAGAAGCCAGGUCCUGGCAGGUGCAAAACCCUACAAAUGCUCUGAGGGCGAGAUAAACUUUAGCCUCAAAUCCAGCCUUCUCAAGCACCAGGUCGGUCACACGGGCCCGUACACCUGCACUAAAUGCAGGAAGAGCUUCAGGCUGAAGAUAAGCCUCCUCGUCCACCAGCGACUCCAUGCAGGGAAGGGCGAGGGCUCGCUGCUCUGUCCGGACUGCGGGAAGAACUUCACCCACCCCUCGCAGCUGGUCCGGCACCAGCGCAUCCACACGGGGGAGCGGCCCUACCAGUGCACCGACUGCGAGAAGAGCUUCACGGAGAAGUCCAAGCUCACCAACCACUACCGCACGCACACCGGCGAGCGGCCCUACGCCUGCGCCCAGUGUGGGAAGCGCUUCAUCCGCAAGCACCACCUGCUGAAACACCAGCGCGUGCACACGGGCGAGCGGCCCUACCAGUGCCCCGAGUGCGAGAAGAGCUUCACCCAGAAGUACUACCUGGUCGAUCACCGGCGGCUGCACACGGGCGAGCGCCCCUUCCAGUGCCCCACCUGCCAGAAGAGCUUCACUGAGAAGUCCAAGCUCACCAGCCACUUCCGCAUCCACACGGGGGAGCGGCCCUACCACUGUGGGGAGUGCGGGAAGCGCUUCACGGAGAAAUCCCAGCUCACCAACCAUUUCCGCAUCCACACCGGGGAGCGGCCCUACGCCUGCACCCAGUGCGACAAGUGCUUCAUCCGCAAGCACCACCUGCUGAAGCACCAGCGCGUGCACACGGGCGAGAGACUCCACCGCUGCCCCCAGUGUGAGAAGAGCUUCCGCUACAAACAGUCACUGAACUGCCAUCUGAAAAUCCACCUGGGGAACCACUGCCCCAUGGGCAGUGCCCUGUCCCCUGAGCAACAAACCCCGGCUAGACCUCUUUGUGUGGCUCUUGAAUGGGACAUGGAGUCCCAGGACCUGUCACUUGAACAGCCUCUUGCUGUCCCCGAACCAACUUCUAUGGAAGAAGCAGAUCUUCAGACGGCAGAGAUUUCCCUUACGGUUGUGGCGGAAAUCCAAGCUGUGGACAGGAAGGUUGAGGUUCAGGCAGCACAACUGAUGAAUCUGGAGGGAAGAAUGAGGAUGGCAGAAACGAAACUAGUCGGUUGUGAGAAGACAGCGGUGGAGUUUGGGAACCAGCUGGAGAGUAAGUGGACUGCACUGGGAACUCUGAUCCAGGAGUAUGGGCAACUGCAGAGGAGGCUGGAGAACAUGGAGAACCUGCUGAAGAACAGGAACUUCUGGAUCCUGAGACUCCCCCCUGGUGCCAAUGGAGAAGUCCCCAAGGUCCCGGUGACUUUCAACAACAAUUCAUUUAAUUUCUCUGAGCAGGAGUGGAAGAGCUUGGACGAAUGGCAGAAGGAGCUUUACAGGCACAUCAUGAAGGGCAACUACGAGGCUGUGAUCUCCCUGGAUGAGCAGCAGUGUGGUGAGGAAGGUCCCGCAAACCUAGAUCUUCCUAGCCUGUUACCAGGUGACUGGGAAGAGCUUUUCUCCAGUCCUGAGGAGGAACUGACGAAGGAGAGCCAGUCCAGCUCAGCAGUGUUGCAGAGAAACCCUCCCGGCAGUGGGCUGAGGCGAUCUGCUCGCCGUGGAAGAGAUUUAAUGAAAACCGUCUCUGAGGAAGCACAUACAGCAGAGGGGCCGUACAUAUGCUGCGAGUGUGGGGAAAGCUUCAUAGACAAACAGCUUUUAGCCACACAUCAGAGAAUCCAUGCGUCAGGGGGAGCCUGCACUUCUUCUCUGGAGCAUGGAGAAAACAUUAGACAGAAACCCAAAGUCACAACUCCUCCAAGAACCCAGGCGCCCGUCCGUUCAAAACCCCCUAAGCGUCCUGAGCCAGAGAAAAGCUCCAAUCUCAAAUACGGCUUUGUAAAACACCAGGCAAACCAUAUGGUGGAGAGACCCUAUACGUGCACUCAAUGCAGGGAGAGCUUUAGUCUGGAGGUGAGCCUUAUCUUACAUCAGAAGCUUCACACGGGGAAGGGUGAUGGGCCCCUGACGUGUACGUAUUGCGGCAAGGACUUCCGGGAUCUCUCCAAAGCGAUCCGACAUCAGCGGAUCCACACUGGAGAGCGCCCCUAUCAGUGCACGGAGUGCGGGAAGAGUUUCAUCCGCAGGGAUCAUCUCCUGAAGCACUGGCGGGUCCACACGGGGGAGACGCCGUACCAGUGUCCCGUCUGUGGGAAGAACUUCCGCUACAAGGAGUCGCUGAACUGCCACCAGAAAAUUCACACGCGGAACCCCCAGCCCCUGGAGAGUUCACAGCAGCUGGAGACGGGAACCCAGACCACCCUCCUCGGUGUGAAAAAAGAAAAUAAACAGGAGCUGACAGCGGGAGCGGCCUUGCAUCCGGCCCGGGGAGCUGCAGGACCCCGCCCCGGCCCGACCUCCGGGCGGCUGAACCGGGUUCGCUCAUCAGACCAGCGCGUGGGGUCGGGACAGAUCCGGCCCCGCAGAGCCUCCGACAAGGCCCCGGAGAGCGGGAUGCCCGGCGCCGCGAUCCCCCCGCCGGCAGGGGCCGCUGCCGCCCGCUCCGCCCGCCGCUCCCGGCCCCGCAGCCAGGCCGCGGCUCCCUCCCUCCCUGCCGGCUGCGCUCGCUCUGCUCCGCCCGGCAGCGGGGCCGGCCCGUGGCGAGGCGGCGCCGGGACUCUGCCCAGCCCGGAGCGGGAGCGGAGCUCGGUUCGGGUUCGGCGGCAGCGGCGCUCCCCGGGCCGGGACAAGGGCCAUGGCCGAGCGGGCCGCUGCCCAGGUAGGGGCCGGGCCGGGCCGGGCCGGGGCUUUGCUGCUCCCCGCCGCGGGGUGGGUGCGGUCUCGGCCGGGCGAUGCGGGCAGCGGCCCCGCUGCCGGUUCCUGCCCCGGGGCCGCACGCGCUGGGGCGUGGCCCGGGACGGGGCUUGGCCCUGCUGGGGGCGGGGAGCAGCGGGCGGCCAAUGGCCCCGGGGGCAGGUUAAACUGGGGCCUCUGCUCCGCCUGCCGGCCCCGGAGCUUCGCUCUUUGUCAUUGCGGGGAGCCUGCGGCGCCGCCCGGGGGAAGGGGAGCGCCCCGGUCCUGGGCUGCCAGCGGCACGGGAACAGGGCACCGCUUCCUGCCCCGGCCCCGGGCCAGAGCGGGGAUUUCCCACCCUUCCCUCCGGCCCGAGCACGUGUGUGGGGGGCGCACUGGGAAAGUGUUUCGCCGUUUGUAAUUGUUCUUCUGGUGGCAGCGGUCCCUGCGCGUGGCUCCUGGUUCCUUUCCAGCAACUACUACCACAGGCAGCUGGGCUUGCUUCCGCCUGGUUCCCUACGCUUCCUACAGGCUCCAGAAUGGGACAUGGGGUCCCGGCACUUGCCUCUUUCACAGCCCCACGCUGUCCCCCACCGGACUUCUGCAAGAGAAACCCCGCUGCAUGCUGCGGAGAUCUCCCUGACUCUAGUGGCUGCCAUUCAAGCAGUGGAGAGAAAAGUUGAUGCUCAUGCCAUCCGGUUGCUGAAUCUGGAAGGGAGAACAGGGACUGCUGAAAAGAAAUUGAUAGGUUGUGAGAAAACCGUGGUGGAGUUUGGGAACCAGCUGGAGAGUAAGUGGGCCGUGCUGGAAUCUCUGAUCCAGGAGUACGGGGUAUUGCUGAGGAGGCUGGAGAACAUGGAGAACCUGCUGAAGAACAGGAACUUCUGGAUCCUGCGGUUUCCCCCAGGGACUAAGGAGGAGGUCCCCAAGGUCCCAGUGACGUUUGAUGACGUCUCCGUCUGUUUCUCCGAGCCGGAGUGGGAGAACUUAGAUGGAGGGCAGAAGGAGCUGUACAAGAACACGAUGAAGGGGAAUUACGAGACCCUGAUCUCGCUGGACUACACCAUCUCCAAACCUGACAUCCUGUCCCAGAUAGCGCAGGGGCAAGAGCCGUGUAUCAGGGAUCGGAAGGACUCCGAGAGGAGAGAGAUCCCUCUGGAGCCCGGCUCGGCAGAUAGCGGGGUGGUGGUCAAAGUGGAGGAGGAGAGCCCUGAGGAGGAGCCGGAGAACUUGGAGCUACAAAGGACGUUGCCGGAAAUGGAGGUUUUCCAGUGUUCAGAGCAGGGAACAACUCAUGAGAAGAGUCUGUGCAGCCCUGAGAGGGAGCCUGCGGACCUGCCCGGAAAUGGCCUGGAGGAGCCAUCUCAGUGCGGGACAGACCCCCAGGAGCUCAAGCCGUUGCUUGUUCACCUGCAGAGUCCCACGGCAGCCAGGCUGUUCGUAUGCGCCGAGUGUGGGAAGAGCUUCCGCAGCCGGCAGCAUCUCGCCCUGCAUCAGAGGGACCACGCGGGAGCAGCGGCCUGCCUGCCACAGCCCAGGGAAAGCUUCGCCCUGAAACCCGGCCCCAGCCCCCACCCCGGGGCCCAGGCAGGAGGCAAACCUUACAAGUGCUCCGAGUGCGAGCGCAGCUUCUGCCACAGGUCCAGCCUGCGGAAGCACCACCUGGCGCACACUGGGGAGCGGCCGUACACCUGCGCCGAGUGCCGGAAGAGCUUCAAGCAGAGGGUGAGCCUGGUGUUGCACCAGCGGAUCCAUUCGGACAGGAGCGAAGGCUCCUUCAUCUGCACACAGUGCGGCAGGUACUUCAGCCACCACUCCAACCUGACGCGGCACCUGCGCAUCCACACGGGGGAGCGGCCCUACAAGUGCACCGAGUGCGAGAAGAGCUUCACACGCAACCAGUACCUGGUGGAGCACCAGCGCAUGCAUGCGGGCGAGCGCCCCUAUCACUGCGCCGAGUGUGGCAAGAGCUUCCGCUACAAGCGCUCGCUGUACUACCACCAGAACGUCCACCCUGGGAAGGGCUUCCCUGGGCCGGGGCCAGACCACGUGGGGUAACAGCAGGGCCAGGAUCCAUGCUCCUGGGGUGCUCACUGGGGGCUGCCUCCCUCCGAAAGCAACACCCGGGAGCUCCAGCGGGCUGGCACGGCAGCACGCACUGCAGCGACUUUAUCGCGGGGAGAUUUUUACAGGAACUAAGCUAUAUUUUGAGUGCAGCCUUUGUUAAGAGAAGUCGGCGUGUCAGAUUGGUUUUAAAACAGAGGAGGCAGAGGAUCUCUAUACUGGACUCAGGGCCGGCAGAGCCUAGCUGGGAGGGAAGGGUGAAGAGAUGGGGGGUUGCUUGAAGGGGACAUGGGGCCCUCCUAGCCCCACCUCAACUGAGUUGUUCAUGUGGGGCUGGGCACUGCUUUCUCUGCAUGUCCCAGCCCCUGUGUCCUGCUGUGCCUGAGUGGCAAAGCGCCCGGCAGCACGGGAAGGGGGCGUCCACGGCUCGGGCCCUGGGUCUCCUGCAGCCACAGCCUGGGUUGCAGAACGCCCGCACCAGGCAGCUGGAUUUUAGAGGGUGUUCCCUGGAGAUCCCCCAGCUCAUGUAUAUUCAGAUAUUCGGCUCCCUUAGUUUGCUGCCCCGGUGGAGCCUGGGAAUGUGUGCGGGAUCCGUGUAUUCUCAUCGCAGGGGCCAUGGAUGACUCAGCCGUGAUCCUCCAGGAACUUUGCUCAGGAUUCCUUCCUUCCCUGGGCUCUCCAGUUUGGUCCUGUGGUGAUCCUCCUCACAGUUAAUUUCCCCACCUGCCUGGUGUUUGGCUGGGGUGCCCUGUGACGCUUCCCUGGGGCACCUUGUUACCACCUGCCUUUAGCAUGGGGAAGCUUGGUCUGUGCCUGCCAGGGCUCAGCUUCCCAACUCCCGCGGGCAACACAAGCCCUCCCCACUAGGCCUGGCAGGACCCACUUCCUCUCUGCUGGUUACCGAUAGGCCCCCUGGAGCCUUCAGCGUCUCCCUGGAGUGUCCAGUCCCUGGCCUGCCGGACACUCGCAGGAGUCACAGAUUUCCUGCCCCUCAGUUAGCCGCUCUGCUCCCACCCAGCGCUUAGAUUGGUACUUGAUGAAAUCGAGGAUAAGGUUCUUUAACGAAGCCCAGAACGUCAAGCAAUAGCAGAUGGGUCCAGCUAAAAUAAAAUCACAAGGAGUGUUGCAGGGCCUGGCCUUUCCAUUCCCGAGAGCCCCCACGGCUGGGAGCCAUUGCUCACCCCCCACUAGCUGCUUGCCUCCGAGGGGAGGGGUUCCAUGUGUUUCUUUGCCCCCUAGCUUCUAUCACUCCCAUCCUUUGUCUUUAUUCAUGAACAGGACAUCAGCUGCUGUUUGUGUCAGCAGGUGCAGUCUGCACGAGAGGACGUUCAUGGUCUCCUCUUCUGCCUGUGGCUCAGUGUGCAUCCGGGCCCGUGAUGUGAGCUGCCCCGUCACAGGCGGCUCUGGAGGGAGAGCAGAGUCUGCUACCUCCUGCCUGAAAGAGCAUUUCCAGGGUGUGUCGCCUCCUGGUGACCUGCCUUGUUCCCUCCCUGGGAAAUCCAGAGCCAGCUUUCCUUAACUGUUCUCCAUACAUACGUCAUGCAGUGAUUCUGAUGACUGGUAGGUGACUGGCUCUGAGUAGAGACCUUAGGUGCACUCUGAGGUGUACAUCCGACCUAGGGGAUCCCUGCAAACCCUGGGCCCUGUGCCACCAAGGAGUCUGUGGGUCACAAGCCCCUGUAUGUUGUAAUCUCCCUGUAAGGCCAUUUCAGCGAGAUGGGGCAGAGCACGUCGCCUGCUGCAGCUUCGGGGCACGGAUCCCACCCCAUGUGCUUCAGCAUCACUGAGCCGGGCAUGGCUCCCACACUGCCUGAAGCACAGGAGAGCAGAGUGUCCUGGGGCACGUGGCCUGAGAAGGGCCAAGGUGGGUAGGAUGAAGCAGAGAGAGUAUAGUCAACACCAUCUAGAACUUAGGAAAAUAGAAUGGAAUUAUCCUGGCUGUGGAAGUUACCUCAGCUGGAGGGAACUUCAUGGCGCAGGGCGUUCCCCUGCCAUCAGUGACUGGAAACAAGGGCAGAAAGCCAGAAGGGAGGAACUUGGUGGGUUGGAAGAUCCAUGGGAUGAAGUUCUUGCCACAGCCUGGGAGGAAGGGCAGGGCUAUUACUCCACUCUACAGCUGGGGAAACUGAGGCACAGGCUAAGUGACUCACCCAAGGUCACUCAGGAAGUCAGUGGCUUAGCAGGGAACUGAACUGAGGUCACUGAAAUCCAAGGCUGGUGCCCUAGCCACUGGGCCAUUCUGCUUCUCGGUGCCAUUUGGAGAUGGGGAGCGGAGUGGGACAGGCUGGUAGCAGUAAGAGUCUGAUCUGGGGUUGAUUUAUUUUGCCACACGGGAUGUUAAAAACAAUCCACCCAGCCUCAUGACUGAAUCUGUCGCGACUUGCCCCCGGCCCGCUGCAGUAGUCCGACUCACAGUCUCCAUAGAUGGCUGGCCACCAAGGGCCGGUUGGUCCCCGAAGAAUUUCUGUGCUGGGGCAGCCCGUUGGCGCAUGUCUACCUGAAAUGUAAGCAAAGCUGGCUUUAAAGUGACCCUGCUAACCAGGCUCUCCAGAGCGUGCAAGGAGAUGGAGGAAAGCUGUGAACUGGCUGUGACUGGGUCCUGUCAGGUGCUAGUCUGUAUCUUUUACCUUUCUGUAGUUUUCUCCCCUCUGAUCCCCUUGAGAGCUCCCACCCCAUGCCCCUUCCCCACUGCUGAUCUGCUACCCCCUUCCUUUCUGUAGUUCCCCCACACUUACUCCACCCCUAUGACCAGUGUGAGUUGUGGAGGUGACUAGCUGUGUUUGUGUUGGCUGUUUAGAUUGUAAGUUCUUCGGGGGCAGGAGCCAAGUCUUCUGUGUCCUGGCACUUAAUAAAUGAUGAUUAUUCCCCUUA